CGGCUCCGGCGGUGCCUAGGCUCGGGCGGCGCGGUGACGCUCAGAGCCGCGCGGGGCCGGCGCGGGCGGCGGCGGGAUGAACAGCAUCAAGAACGUGCCGGCGCGGGUGCUGAGCCGCAGGCCGGGCCACAGCCUGGAGGCCGAGCGCGAGCAGUUCGACAAGACCCAGGCCAUCAGCAUCAGCAAGGCCAUCAACAGCCAGGAGGUCCCUGUGAAGGAGAAGCAUGCCCGCCGCAUCAUCCUGGGCACGCACCAUGAGAGGGGGGCCUUCACCUUCUGGUCGUAUGCCAUCGGCCUGCCACUGCCCAGCAGCUCCAUCCUCAGCUGGAAGUUCUGCCACGUCCUGCACAAGGUCCUCCGAGACGGGCACCCCAAUGUGCUGCAUGACUGCCAGCGGUAUCGGAGCAACAUCCGGGAGAUUGGUGACCUGUGGGGACACCUGCAUGACCGGUACGGCCAGCUGGUGAACGUCUACACCAAGCUGCUGUUGAUCAAAAUCUCCUUCCACCUCAAGCACCCGCAGUUUCCUGCUGGCCUGGAGGUGACCGAUGACACGCUGGAGAAGGCAGCCGGGACUGACGUGAACAACAUCUUCCAGCUCUCUGUGGAGAUGUUUGACUACAUGGACUGUGAGCUGAAGCUCUCGGAAUCAGUGUUCCGGCAGCUCAACACGGCCAUCGCCGUGUCCCAGAUGUCGUCCGGCCAGUGCCGCCUGGCCCCGCUCAUCCAGGUCAUCCAGGACUGCAGCCACCUCUACCACUACACUGUCAAGCUCCUGUUCAAGCUGCACGCGUGUCUCCCGGCAGACACCCUGCAAGGCCACCGGGACCGUUUCCACGAGCAGUUCCACAGUCUCCGGAACUUCUUCCGCCGAGCCUCGGACAUGCUCUACUUCAAGCGGCUCAUCCAGAUUCCCCGGCUGCCCGAGGGCCCCCCCAACUUCCUGCGGGCCUCAGCCCUGGCUGAGCACAUCAAGCCAGUGGUGGUGAUCCCCGAAGAGGCCCCGGAGGAUGAAGAGCCAGAAAACCUCAUUGAGAUCAGCAGUGGGCCCCCGGCCGGGGAGCCCCCGGUGGCCGCUGACCUCUUCGAUCAGACCUUCGGACCCCCCAACGGCUCCGUGAGGGACGACAGGGAGGUGCAGAUGGAGAAGCUGAAGAAGGAGGUGGAGGCGCUCCGCACUGAGCUGGAGAAGAUGAAGCUGGAGGCCCAGCGCUACAUCUCGCAGCUGAAGGGCCAGGUGAACGCCCUGGAGGCCGAGCUGGAGGAGCAGCGGAAACAGAAGCAGAAGGCCCUGGUGGACAACGAGCAGCUCCGCCACGAGCUGGCCCAGCUGAGGGCCGCGCAGCUGGACGGCGCCAGGAACCAGGGCCUGCGCGAGGAGGCCGAGCGGAAGGCCAGCGCCACGGAGGCACGCUACAGCAAGCUGAAGGAGAAGCACAGCGAGCUCAUCAACACGCAUGCGGAGCUGCUGAGGAAGAACGCCGACACCGCCAAGCAGCUGACGGUGACACAGCAGAGCCAGGAGGAGGUGGCGCGGGUGAAGGAGCAGCUGGCCUUCCAGAUGGAGCAGGUGAAGCGCGAGUCCGAGAUGAAGCUGGAGGAGCAGAGCGACCAGCUGGAGAAGCUCAAGCGGGAGCUGGAGGCCAAGGCUGGAGAGCUGGCGCAUGCACAGGAAGCCCUGAGCCGCACGGAGCAGAGCGGGUCCCAGCUGAGCUCGCAGCUGGAUGCGCUGAACGCCCAGAAGGAUGCGUUGAGCGGGGCCGUGCGGCAGCGCGAGGCCGAGCUGCUGGCGGUGCAGGGCCUGGUGCGUGAGCGGGAGGAGGCGCUGAGCCGGGAGCAGCAGCACCGUGAGCAGGAGAGGAGCGAGCUGCAGGGGCAGCUGGCAGAGAAGGAGUUGCAGGAGGAGGCGCUGCGGCAGCGGCUUGUGGAGCAGCAGUUCGCGGUGCUGCGGGGCGCCGCUGCAGAGGCCGAGGCCAUCCUGCAGGACGCUGUGAGCAAGCUGGACGACCCCCUGCACCUCCGCUGCACCAGCUCCCCGGACUACCUGGUGAGCAGGGCCCAGGCGGCCCUGGAUGCUGUUGGUGCUUUGGAGAAGGGCCAGGCCCAGUACCUGACCUCCACCACAGAUGCCUCUGCCCUGGUGGCAGCCGUGACUCGCUUCUCCCAUCUGGCUGCGGACACCAUCGUCCAUGGCGGCGCCACCUCUCACCUGGCCCCCACCGACCCUGCUGACCGCCUGGUGGACACGUGCAGGGAGUGCGGGGCCCGGGCCCUGGCGCUCCUCAGGCAGCUGCAGGACCGGGCAGCUCUGGCGGGGGCGCAGCCCGGCCUGCUGCGGGGUCCCCUGCAGGGCAUCCUUCAGUUGGGUCAGGACCUAAAGCCCAAGAGCCUGGACGUGCGGCAAGAAGAGCUGGGCGCCAUGGUGGACAAGGAGAUGGCGGCCACCUCCGCAGCCAUCGAAGACGCUGUGCGGAGGAUCGAGGACAUGAUGGACCAGGCCCGCCACGAGAGCUCAGGAGUGAAGCUGGAGGUGAACGAGAGGAUCCUCAACUCCUGCACAGACCUGAUGAAGGCAAUUCGGCUCCUGGUCAUGACAUCCACCAGCCUGCAGAAAGAGAUCGUGGAGAGCGGCAGGGGGGCGGCCACGCAGCAGGAAUUUUACGCCAAGAACUCCCGGUGGACUGAAGGCCUCAUCUCCGCCUCCAAGGCCGUGGGCUGGGGAGCCACACAGCUGGUGGAGUCGGCUGACAAGGUGGUGCUGCACACGGGCAAGUACGAGGAGCUCAUCGUCUGCUCCCACGAGAUCGCAGCCAGCACAGCCCAGCUGGUGGCAGCCUCCAAGGUAAAAGCGGACAAGCACAGCGCCCACCUGAGCCGCCUGCAGGAGUGCUCCCGCACAGUCAACGAAAGGGCCGCCGGCGUGGUGGCCUCUACCAGAUCAGGCCAGGAGCAGAUCGAGGACAGAGACACUAUGGACUUCUCCGGCCUGUCCCUCAUCAAGCUGAAGAAGCAGGAGAUGGAGACCCAGGUGCGAGUGCUGGAGCUGGAGAAGACGCUGGAAGCGGAGCGCAUGCGCCUUGGGGAGCUGCGGAAGCAGCACUAUGUGCUGGCCGGAGGCGUGGAGGCAGCUGGCGAGGAGGUGCCCAGCCGGCCCAGUGCUGCCCCCCGGAAGAAGCCACCUCUGGCCCAGAAGCCCAGCAUGGCCCCCAGACAGGACCACCAGCUCGACAAAAAGGAUGGUGUGUGCCCAGUUCAGCUGGUGAACUAGGCUUGGCAUCCAGCAGGGCGGCUGGUGGCGGAGUCUGGUGCUCCUGGCCUCGGUGAGCCCUCCAAGGGCCCUGGCUCUGCCCGUGCACGGCCUCACGCCUGAAGCAGCGUGCGCAUGUGCGCAGGAGCUCGUCUGGAUGUGACUGCGUUUGUGUGCAAUAGGAACUGCGGAGAGCAGCUGGCGCUGGCCCGCAGGCCUGGGCUGCGCCCUCGAGUGAGCUCAAGAAUGUUCCUUAGUGUUGGCGAGUUCACAGUCGGCGCGCUGGAAAGCCUCGGGUCUCCUGGACGGAAGUCAGAGCGGUGCACAGCAGCUCCCUGCUGACACUGCACGGCCGCCGCAGCCCUGAGCGCGGCUUCCAUAGGCACCUUUGGCCUUAGGGGAGGGGGGGGAGGGGAAGGGGGUAGGGCUGUCACCCCUUGUGGGCCUGGUGCUAGGCAGCCCAGGGGCGUGGCCCUGGCUCAGGCACAGCUUUGUGCCGUAUUUCCAGCCACCACUCUGGCCUCCCACGCUCCUGGCCUGGCUGCCACCCCUCAGCUGGACUCCAGCCCCUCUGCGGUAGCCCGGCCCCGCAGCUUGCCGGAAGAAGCCAGGAGCUGGGGUGUGCGGGGG